CAAAAACAAAUCUCUUGUUCCCAUGCCCACCCCCCGUACUACCGCCCUCAAAAACUGUCCGUCGCCCUGCGCUUUGUCCGACUCCCAAAAUCAAAUCUCCCCGGAAAACUUGGAAAAGUAUCUCACCCCUUACAUAUCUCCCCCAGCCCACCACCACUACGAAGAGAAACGGAAAGAAGGAAAAGGCAUCAUGAACUUCUUCACACUCUUCUACGCUCCUGCUGCUUUGGCUUCCACUGCAAAUCGCUGUAGACAUUGUAACGAGGUUCACAGUGCGCCGCAGACGCAGGGAGAGCAGCCGUUUUGGCAGAGUUACGAAGACAUCUUCGAUACGGAGACGUUUGCAGUUCCUGUGGUUCGAGGCUUUCGAUACGUUCAGCAACCACUCCAACAACCAGUCUACCACACCCAUCACCCAGUCCAACAACCCCUCCACCACCAACCCCCCCUCAACCAUCAACCUCCCCCCCAGCAGCCCCCCCAACAACCCAUCCACCCAACAAUGCCCUCCUUCUCCUCACACCCCCACACAGCCCUCUACACCCUCCUCACCCUCCCCCCCACCGCCCCCGCCUCCUCAAUAAAAACCUCCUACCACCGCCUCGCUCUCCUCACCCACCCGGACAAAAACCCCGACCCUAAGGCCGCGGAACGUUUCAAGGCGCUUAGUGCAGCGUAUGCGAUCCUUUCAGACCCAUACAGGAGGGCGAUUUAUGAUUUGUAUGGAGAGGUGGCGGCGGGGAGGGGGGAGGUUGUUGAUGAUGGGGAGAAGGAAGAAGAAGAGGAGGAGGAGGAGGAUGCUGCGGCUUCUGAGGCUGAUGAUGUUGGUGAUGCUGGGGAGAAAGACGGGGAUGGGGAUUUGCCCAGUGGUGAAGGGGGAAGGACUACCGUCGACAACCCCCAUCAUACCCCAUCCCAGGCUCGCGCACUCUUCGAAGAGCCAGAGCAGAAGUCAUACGAGGAGCGCUUUUUCGAAGCUCUACGAGCGGUCCGUCAGCGCGAGGCACAGGAGGAAGCAAGACGUGUUGCGGGACGGAGGUUAUACGAUCGCUUCUGGCGAGGCGUGCGAGGCCGCGGUGUGUGGAAUUGGCCGACAAGACCCGUGGAACCGAUGGAUGAUAUAUGGAGGGCGACGGAUCCGAUGAGUGGGUGGAGGCCAGCGGGUGCCGUGGGGGGGCCGAUGGAGGGGUAUCGUGGGGGGUUGUGGGGGUAUGGUGCUGGGAUUGUGGGGGGCGAUGAGGGGCUGAGGGAGAGGUUUCGACGAUCGCGUACGGGGGCGGAGGGGAGUCCGUAUUGGGGGUGGGAAAGGGGGGAGGGUGGUGGGAGGGUUAGGAGUUGGAGUGAGGGGAGAGGUGGGGGGGUUGAGCGGGUUGUGAGGGGGGGGUAUGGAGGGUGGUAUGGGAGGUAUUGA